CGGCCGCCAUAUUGGGUUCGUUAUUCAUUGAGGAUAGACGUGUUCUUCGGUGACGCUUCGUGUCGUGACAAACGAUAUAAUAACUUUUUAAAACAGCAUCGUGAUAAUGUUAUUUGAAACUUUAAAAUACGUGUAGUGUUUAAUUUAAUACUUUAAAAGUUAUAGAAACAGUGUAUACUAUGUGAGCUUAACUUGAAAGGCAUUCCACAGAGACUGUUGAACUUUAUUUUUUUUCGACGGCCCUUUUUGAUUUUUUUUUUAAAUAUUUAUGAAGUAUUUGUUGUUUGACAUUUUGUAGACUAUUAAUAGUGAUUGUGUUUAAAAGAAAGUUGUGGUUUCUAUGUUAGGAAAUAAACGCGGAUUGCCGAAACAUUCAAGGCUAAUCUAAUCGUGAAGAAACGAUCGAUUCAACUACGACAGAAGCCCACGACUUCUCAAACUAUUGACACGAGCGUCACCAACGAUAGCUACGAAUGAACGAUAGUGUCGGAAGUGGCUAACACUUGUGUGAUGUGCCGGCAACACCACAUGGAAGUGCAACUGGACGUCACCUGAUCACUCCUGAUACGUACGCUGUGUCUGGAUGCACAACCAUGAAGUUUUCAACGGGCUCCAGUUCGAGCAGCCUCGCCAGCGAUUCUCUAUCGAGGAAGUCCACUUUGUGCAUCUACGCAGAAGUGGACGCAACAAUGCCGCCUCCACCAUGCGAGAGGAUGGAUAGCAGUUCAGAGGCGAUGGAACUGCGGCGGGAACUGGACGCAGUCAAGAGCGCCCUUCAACAACAGUCAGAGUCCGUCUUGAAGCAGAGGCAUCAGCUCGUCGAGGCAGGGCAAGCUCUCGUCGCACGGAACAAACAAGCCGCCCAAGAAAGACGACUUCGUCAAGACCAACUAGCUCUCGUCCUACGAUCUCUUGUCCUACUAGAAUCCCGACUGACGAGGGAACAAAAGCAAAUCCAAGUUUCCCUCCAACAAAAGGACAAAAUCAUUAAAUCACAACAAGAGGAAAUUAUAAAACUCAAAGCCCGAAAGUCGUACUGCAGCAACUGUCAGCAACUUCUCGGGUUCACUAGCGAACAAACAAAUAUUGAGACAGAUCCAGAAUUCCAUAGUUUGGAGAGCACGGACUCUAGAUUUCCUAAUACAUUCGUGAGGAGUUGUAGUUACCGCGAGAGAAACUCUCCACCAGUGUUCCAAAAGAAUACACGAUUAAGUAAAAGCUUUCAACUGCCGAAGACCGAUGUCACUUAUGGCAAUUCGAGCUCGAGUGAAGAGGGUAACACUGCUAGCAUCGGCAGCAAGGGAACAUUCAUUAAAAAUAAGCAAGCGUUCGUAAGACGUGAUGUAUUUCGAAGAUCUAGGAAAUAUUCCGGACGUAAGAGCAACGGUAAAUUUACCGAUAACAUGCAAAAGAGUUACAUCAAUCAAAAUAAUAGCAGCAGUACUGAAGAAUGUAUAAGUAUGAAUUAUAGAGUAAAUCAAGAUGACAAUGACUCGACAGUUAAUCUAAUCGCAAACGAUAUUCGACGAGCUUCGUUAAAAAUAGAUCAGUUAAUUGGAGAGGCGGCGAAGAAGGAAUUAGAAAAUACUCAGAGUGAUUCCGAUAAGACGUAUUCAACAACGAUGGAACGAUUGCACGGAAUUAAAAGACAAGCAUCUGAUGAAAUCAAAGCUAAUAGACAACUCUUCUUAAAUAAUGUCCUCAACGAGGAAAAUAAUGAGAAACCUUGGUACUGUAAUGUCAGCGAUCCAGAAAAUGAUGCGGAUGGCCUAGACCAAAGAGUGUUAUUUAAUAGUAACAAAUUGAACAAAAACAACGAAUUUGGAAUCGCUGAACAUAAUGGAAUUCAAAAUUCUGAAAUUACAUACGCAAAGAAUGAUGUGUUAUGUAACAAUGUAUUAAAUAACACAAAUGAUAAUUACAGUUUAAAAUUUGACGACAAAAACAAUAACAUUGAAGCAAAUAUAGCCAAACAAACAGCCGUUACAGAAAUAAGCGAGAAUUGGUACGCCAGUACUAGUGAUGCUGAUGACACCCCACCUAAUGAAAUAUACAAAAACAAUCCAGUACUUGAAUGCGUCAAUCAAAUUUUGCUACAAAAUUCAUUAGAUGAUAGCAGCAAUGACAAUUCAAAGUCCAGCGAGUCUCCAAGUCCUAAAGCAGCGACAAAACGCGUUCAGUUUUCUACUUUGAAUAGUAUAUCAUACGACGACAAAGUCAGAACCAGUGGUAAUAAUAAUACCUUACCAAGAACCGAUAAAAGAGCUAAUAAAAUCGUUAAAUUCAGUCUAGAGACUGCCUCGGAGCACAGUUACGAAGUACCUAAUACCGCUGAAGGAUUUCAAUAUGAAAUACAAAGUAUCUAUAGCAAUGAAUAUGAGCCUAUAGUUACGAAAUCUAUGGAGCAAAAAUCAUUACCAAUACAGCGUAUGGUGCCAAACGUUGAGAAGAAUGUGCCCAAGAUAAGAGGAUCAAUGGUUAAAAACAUCGCUGCCAAUAUCGAGAACAGAAAUAAUAUACUAGAAAGAAGAAUAGACAACAAUUUUGGAUCAAUGAAAACAUUCAACAAAAGAAAAGUGCCACGAACUCCUCCCGCAUUGCCGCCCAAGCCAAAGAACUUAUCAGCCAAAUUAAGAGCUGAGACCGCUGUCAAAUCGACAGAAUCUUUAGACUCUGAAGCCGUUGCGGCCAAUCAACGGGUUGCAGACGUUAAGAUGAGGAAAGUGGGACAAGUAGCAAGCGCUAAGAAUGUAGAACCGGACUACUGCUCCAUUUCAGAGAUAAAUGUUCCAGUAGUCAGCAAUGGUAAGAGGGAAUUGCUACUCACACAGCCAACGGUAGAGAUUCAUAACGAACAGUACCCGAUACAUGCAGUCAACCAGAGAAACAGCGUGGCCAAAGUCAUAUCGCUACCUAGAAUCCAAAACAAAAUUAGCGACAAAGACAUCCCUAAACUUCCUCACGUCACUGAAAUUAUUAUCCCCGAUGAAGAUGAGAAACCAACCGAAGAACAACGGUCUUUUCCAAAAUCAGCGGACGGUUACUUGACUAAUUUUAACAUGCAUCCUCUACAACCAAAACUAGACUCCCGCGCUUCCAUACAAAUGGGAAACACGGUAUCUUCAAUACUUUCAGAAAUUAACCGAGGUGUCAAAUCUGGCGUCAAACAAAUAAACCUCACAGAUUUAGACAAUCAGUUCCCACAUCACGGUUCUGAGAAAAUGCACGUUAACACUGAACCUCGUAAACCUGCAUAUUUAGAUGACAUAGAUAAAUUUGAUUUGUCGCAGGAUUUUGAAGAGUUUAAGAUAGAUGACGAACUCGGCAGUAUUGUCGCUGAAGAGUAUCGCAUAAGCUCCGGCAGCAGCGACGGCUCGGCCUCUGACGUCAUCACCGAGCUGCACACCAUUGUACCUGACACCAACCAACAAAAUACAAAUGAUAACGACAACCCAAAAUCUGAUACUUUUCAUGACAACAACGACAACGUAAACAAGGGCCUGUCAAAAAAUGCUAAGCUUUCCAACAAACCUGAUCUCCUUUCUAAUAUAGAGAAUUUAGAGACUGAAUCCGUGAGAAACUCUGAUAUAGAGUCUAGUAAUUCUUCUGGCAGCAACAGUGGUUCAUACAACACAGUUAAAUGUGAGCCGAGGAUGAUUAUUAACCAAGCAGAGUUAAAUGUGACUAAAUCUAAAGGAUCUUUCGAUUUCUUUCUAGAAAAUUCUGGUCUGAGUUCAAAGUCUAUUUUUGCACCGCCCAAGAAUUACAUCAUUAGACCUCCAAGUGCCAACCAUAAGAAUGUUUUAAAGCCUAGAGACGUUAAAAUGCGUGUAAGGAACCCAAUAACAACGAACACUAUCAACGAAAAAUCUAUGACUACCGCUAUUAAAUAUUUUGAACCUUAUGUUUAAUAUUUUAAUUACAAAUGUAUUUUAUUGUUUUAUUAAACUUAUUAUAAGACGUUUAAACUUAUUUAUUGUAGAAAUGAACUUGCCUGCAUAAUGUAAUUGUAUUUAUAUUAAUUAAUUUUGUAAAUAUUAUAACUGUUCUAGUUUUUCG